GAAACCACAGAAGAAAGAAGAUGUGAAAAGACGACAGCAUUCUUUGUAACAGAGUUAAAUUGACUGCUGCACUUAUAAGAGACUCAUUUUACCAACGGUGUAAUAAUAGAGUAUCUAAAAAGUACAUAUAAAAAGGGAAAUCUUCAGAGACUGCCUGCAUUAACUGUGAAGAAGACCUGAUAGCCUAACUGCAGCUUACCGAGAAGCCAAAACGAAACAGAAAGAAAAUGAGUGACAGAGUACCUCUAAUUUCAAAAGAAAAUCGCAAUUAUUCAUCAGCAAGACAAUCCUUUGCUGUGAGACGGAGGACACUGAAUCAGCCACAGCAACGUGGGAGGAUACAGCAAUCGACAGAAGACAGAAGAUCAGCUUCAUCUAAACUCAGGAUUGUUCUUGUGGGUAAAACUGGAUCGGGAAAGAGUGCGACAGGAAACACCAUCUUAGGUCGAGAGUGUUUUAGGGAGGCUGCUUCAGCAGUGUCAGUUACUAACACCUGUGAGAGUGGAGAAGUACUGAUUGAUGAAAGGAGCGUCUCAGUCAUCGACACUCCAGGCCUGUGUGAUACAACACGGUCAGAACAAGAAGUAAAGAAUGAGAUAGAGAGCUGUGUUGACAUGUCUGCUCCUGGUCCUCAUGCGUUUCUGCUGCUGAUCAAAGUGGGGAGAUUUACAGAAGAGGAGAAAAACACAGUGAAAUGGAUCCAGGAGAACUUUGGAGAAGAAGCUGCACGUUACACCAUCAUUCUCUUCACUCAUGAUGAUGCACUAUACGGGAAACCAUUAGAUGAGUAUAUCAAUGAAAGUAAUGAUCUGAAGGCUCUUGUUGGUAAGUGUGGUGGCAGAUUUCACUCAUUCAACAAUAGAAACACGGAGAACCGCUCUCAGGUCACUGAACUGCUGGAGAAGAUUGAGGAGAUGGUGGAAGAGAAUGGAGGACUGCAUUAUACCAAUGAGAUGUACCAGAAGGCUCAGAGAAGGAUACAAGAUAGAGCACAGUUCUGGUCUGAGAUACCGAGGAUUGUGCUGCUGGGUAAAACUGGAUCAGGAACGAGCAGUACAAUAGAAAUCAUUGUGGGUCAAAAACGGAGAGAUUCACCAUAUUGUGCUACUGAAUCCUGUAAGCUACAUAAUGUACAUGUGGAUGGAAAGAGUAUGAAAAUAAUCGACACUCCAGGAUUGAUUGAUGCAUCAGAGAAGAAGAUGAAGGCUGAAAAAAAGAAGUUUGUCUUAAUGUCUGAUCCUGGUCCUGAUGUGUUCCUGCUGGUGAUCAAACUGGAUACAAUAUUCACAGAUGAGAAAAACACAGAGAAAUGGAUUCAGAAGAACAUUGGAGAAGAUGCUUUUCUUCACACCAUCAUUCUGUUCACUCACACUGAUCAUCUGAGGGGUAAAUCAAUAGAUCAGUAUAUCAGUGAGAGAAAGUAUCUUCAGUCACUGGUCAACAGCUGCGGUCGCAGAUAUAUCUCAUUCAACAAUCACAAUCAGGUCACAGAGCUGCUGAAGGUGAUUGGAAACAUGGCAGUGGGAAAUGAAAGGAAGUUCUACACAAAUGAAAUGUUUCAAAAAAUUGUGAAAUGUACCAGGAUGUAUGAAAAAAUUAAAAAAGUGGCAGCACAAUCUGGAGUAGGAGCAGGAGCCAUGGUUGCAGGAGGCAUCGCCCUGGGAGUAACAGAGGUGGUUUUGGCACCAGUACUAUUGAUUGUAGGAGGUGCAGUGUUAAUUUCUGCAGUCUUAGCUUGGAAUCUACGUAAGAAAUAGGAUUCAUACUUUUGUAAGAUACUUUUGUGAUUCUCAAUGUUUGUGGAUGAAUCUAUUGCACAUUAUAGGAUUACAAGAUCAGCUUUUGUACAGUUUCACCAAUGUAAUUGUGUAGUUUCUCAUUUCCACCUAAGGACGGUUGUCAUGCUUGUCAUCAUUAAUGUGCAUAAUUAUGUGAUGGAUUCUGCUGUGUAAUGAAUCAGAUUGAGCUUUAUUGCCAGGUAUGUUGUUUACACAUGAGGAAUUUGUCUUGGUGACAGAAGCUUCUGUGCACAGACAGAAUGACAGUGACAAGUCACAGAUCAUAAAAAUGUAUAAAAAUUUAACAAAUACACA